UCUAUACAAUGAGUUCCCAGCGAGCGAAACUUAUAUUAAAGUUAGCAAAAACCAAAGCAAGAGUAGAGAAGAAAGAGAAUGGUGCGCAGGAUAGUUGGAAAAUUUCGCAGCAUAAUAAUAUUGGCAAUACCAGCAGUACUGCAGAGGAAGCUGUUAAUAGCGUCACGGUCAAUAAAGAGUCCCUAAACAUGAUUGAAAGUAAUAAUAUCCGCAAUAGUUUAAAAGAAGCCAAAAAUGCAACCGAAGAUAAGAAUAAUAUAGAGUCUGUAAAUCAGAUCGUUCUGCCAAGCCAAAACGUUAUCUCCCAAACGACAAUCAUUCCUGGUAUCAUCCUUGAUGAGAGUUCAGAAGAUAUUGGAGGUGUUACAUUAAUAAAUAGAACUCGAUGUCAGGGCUUACUUAGAGCGGAUGAAUAUGAAGAAUUCCCUAGCAGUAAUGGUCCUAGCAGUGAGCUAAUAGAAGAAGAUGAUUUAGAAGCCACUUCUUCUAAAGUAUUUUCUGUUGAACCUGCAAUUCAAACAGAUAACAAUUCAAGUAGUAGGUCUUCAAGUGAUUCGGACCCAACCAGUUCUGAAGAAGAACCUUUUGGUUCUGGUGCUUCAGAAGAAGAUCCUGAUUUUGAACCAGAAAACAUAUUGUCUUCCAGUGAAUCCGAAGUAGAUGGUAUACCUCAAAAUGUAGCUUUACCAAUACGUCGUUCAGUGCACUAUCCUUCUGAAACAGAGAAGCAAACUAAAAAACGAAAAAGAGUCCCAGAUGAAUGGCAAAAGAAUAAAGCGAAACGUCUUAGAAACACAGGUAAUAGUUAUGAAUCCAUUAGAAAAAUCAAGAAAAGUGAUGGAAGUAUCGAACGGAUGAAAGUAAAGCGAGAAGAAAGAAAGAUGUCCGCGCCCUGUGGGGAAAAAUGCCGCUUAAAGUGUUCCACCAAAAUCUCACAAGAUCAGAGGCAAAAAAUUUUUGAAGAAUAUUGGCAAUUAGGAGAUGUCCUGCAACAACGUGGAUUUAUAGCAGGCCGAAUGCUUACUAUUAAGCCAAAAUAUAGAUAUCAGAAAGGCAAAAAUAGUAGACGUCUAAAUUCUAGUUUCUUCUUCGACCUUGAUGGACAAAAUAUUCGAAUCUGCAAACAAUUUUUUAUGUCCACGUUAGGUAUUACCAGUAGAGUUAUUCGAACGGUUACAGAAAAACAAGAUUCGAUGACUAAAGGAAUUCUUAAACAAGAAAUGAGAGGAAAACACACCAACCACUAUUCAAUUUCCAAUGGCAUAAAAGAAGAUAUUAGAGCCCACAUCAAUUCUAUUCCAAGAAUUCCCAGUCAUUAUUGUAGGUCGCAAACUAAAAAGGAGUAUAUUGAAGGUGGUAAGACUGUGAGAGAUUUAUACAGGGAUUACAAAAAUAUCUGUCAAGAAGAUAAUAAGCCUUACGCAAACUACUUAAUGUAUUAUAUUAUUUUCAAUCAACAGUUCAACAUAGCAUUUUUUAUUCCUAAGAAGGAUGCAUGUGAAUUAUGUCUUGCGUACACAAAUGCCAACCAGGAGGAAAAAACCCACAUGAAAAAUAAAUACGACACUCAUCUGAAAGAGAAAGAAUUAUCUCGAUCAGAAAAGCAAGCCGAUAAAGUUUCAGAUAAAGUAGUCGCUGUGUACGACCUCCAAGCGAUAUUACCAUGCCCAAUCGGUAACGCCUCAAGUUUCUAUUAUGUGUCAAAACUUAAUGUCUUCAAUCUAACUAUGUUUGAAUUGCAAACAAAUCAAGCAUAUCGUUAUCUCUGGCACGAGGCAGAAGCCAAAAGGGGUGCUGAUGAAAUAGGUUCAUGCGUGUGGAAUUAUUUACGAAAUUUGCAAGAAAACGUUUCAAACUCGGACGACAAAUCAAAAGUUUUAGAUAUAAUUUUUUACAGUGACAAUUGUGCGGGACAAAAUAAGAACCGAUUUAUCAUGUCUUUAUACACUUAUGCAGUUUCAAAUUUAAAGUCUGUACAAUCUAUAACUGACAAAUUUUUUAUCGCUGGGCACACGCAAAAUGAGGGCGAUAAUGUACAUGCCAUUAUUGAAAAAGCAGUUGCCAAAAUUCGCAAAUCUGGGUCCAACUAUGUGCCUGAGCAGUACGCAACAAUAAUCGGACAGGCAAAAAAAAAAUGGGAAACCAUUUUCUGUUAA